CUUGGUAAGGAACAGUUCUUCAGUGGGUGUGGACUAGCGCCACUGGGAAGCUCAAGAAUUCAAUAGACUUACCUUUCAGCUGUGACCAACAGCCCUAUCCCUAUCUCUCUCGGGUGAGAGAUUUGCAGACGACCGCAUCCUCUGUUUCGCAGAAACUGAUUUUACGCCAUUAUGUGACAUCAACUUGGAUAACCCCGAUGGAGCCUGUACUUGUGUCGGUCACAGUAGACUGCACACAUAAUGGCACGAGGCCAGAACUCUCCGAAACAGACUGCGCUAUUCAAACGAACGCUUCAGUGUCACUCCAACACCAGCUACACAGUGGAUUUCUGGGUGUAUUCUUGGGAAGUGUGUCCCUGCUGACUGUGUUCAUGAAUAUCUUGGUUCUCUAUGCUGUGAGGAAGGAGCGAAUGCUGCAUACUGUAGGCAACCUCUAUAUCGUCAGCCUGUCUGUGGCAGAUCUUAUUGUUGGCGCCACAGUGAUGCCCCUGAACCUGUCCUACCUGCUGUGGGAUGAGUGGAGGCUGGGCCGUGCCGUGUGCCAGUUUUGGCUGGUCAUGGACUACGUGGCCAGCACAGCCUCCAUCUUCAGCCUGUUUAUCCUAUGCCUGGACCGCUACCGUUCAGUGAGGCAUCCACUUCGUUACCUCAAGUACCGAACAAGGUGCAGAGCAACCCUCCUGAUCUGUGGGGCGUGGCUUUUAUCCCUGAUGUGGGUCGUACCCAUUCUUGGGUGGAGGUCAUUUGCUCAGGUCGAUCGGAAACCUGAAUCUGAGAACAAGUGUGACACAGAUUUUCGUUUUGUUACAUGGUUCAAGGUUCUGACAGCCAUCUUGAAUUUCUAUGUCCCCUCUGUGCUGAUGCUGUGGUUCUACUCCAGGAUAUUCUGUGCGGUGCGGGAACACUUUCGGCAGUGGGAGAGUGUUUUCAGUCAACUGGAUUCUUCCAAGAAGAACGGAGUUGGACACAAAGGAGUUCAUGAGGCCUCUCCUAGGGGCAGCCUGGAUCUGUCUGCUCAUGUGCACACUGAGGGUUUGUUAGACCAGUACAGUCUAGAGCAACAGGGGGAAAUCAAAGAGCCUCACGCUGUGAAGACGUUGAAGAAGCCCUUCCACAAAAAAGGUUCAUUUUUCAAUGUCUCUGCUAAAAGCAUGAAAAAAAGUGUGGAAGACAUUGAGGACAGUUUUUGCUCAAUUGAAGACGAAGAUUUUGAGAGUGAGACCCCUUCAAGGGUGUCAGUGCUGCCAAUGAAUUUUCUGCAGUCAGCUGAGGAUGGUGAUGAUGACCCAAAAAUGAUUGUGUCAGUUAACAUUUGCAAUGAUACGGUAACAAACUCUGUGGCUGAUGCUCAUGAGCUAGCAUCCAGCUCUGAUGUACACCAAUUAGCUCACGCAAUGGGAUGUAACAAUCACUCCCAACCAUUUAGGGAGUCAUGGUCAGAAGAUUUAAGCCAAAAACUGGACACAUCAAAAACAGUUGCUCUAAAACAAAAAAACAAAAAAACCUGGCAGAAGUUCCGUGACCAGUCCAAGCAUUGUGUCCAGAAACUGCGCAUUCACAAGGAGCGUAAAGCAGCACAGCAACUAGGCUUCAUCAUCACUGGGUUCAUGGUUUGUUGGAUACCAUAUUUCAUAACCUAUAUGGUGAUGGCUAUUUGCUCAACCUGUGUCCAUCAUGACCUACACAUGUUCGCUAUUUGGCUGGGAUAUAUCAACUCGACACUGAAUCCCUUCAUAUAUCCCAUGUGUAAUGCAAAUUUCAAAAGGGUGUUUAAAAGAAUAUUUCACAUUGCCACAUAGAACUGUACCUUGUGAUUCUUCUGGUGGAACUGUUAGAGAUCCAUGCACAUGCAGAAGUCAAAAUUAAAAUGUAAUUUUAUGGAACAUAAGUUAUGGAAAAUAAUGAUGUCAAUUUGCCACUCCACAAAGCAUACUGAAUGAAACAUAACAGCAUUGUUUGUCUUACAGUUACGCACUGCUAAGGGAAGUGGAUAGCGUACUUCUCCAAAACAGUUAUUGAAUGUUGAUUUCUAUGAAUAGUAAUGUCAAUUGUUUGUAUUCACUUCCAUAUUCGGUUAUUUAUAAUCUGUUUUCGAUGAAGCAAAAGAUGAUGAAAUCUAUCUUUCCUUAAGCUAGAGUGGUAAUGCUUUGUGCAUGGAAUUCUGACGUAUUUGGCUCUCUCUGUUUACAAGCUGUGUAAAUAAGUACUGUGUAUUUUGAAUCAGUGCAGUCAUUGUGAAUGUUAUAGUUGUGAAGAUUGGAAUGGACGGGGUCCCCAGUUGUCCCUUCAUAGAACAUUUAGUCAAAAAUCAUCAUUCAAUGGACCAUUUCAAGUUCCAAGGACAUUACAAUUUCUAAAAAAUGAAGGAACAUCUUCUGUGGCAAACCAAGUAUCCUGGUAAAGAAUUUCUAAUGCUUAAGAACGUCUGCUGUUUCAGUAUAUAGACAGACAACAUGGAGAAUGGACAUGGAGACACCCUGCCAGUGCUGACUCAUUUUACUCAUACCUCUCCAAAUAUCCCUGUACAUCGGUUUAAAAAGUUGUCAAGGUU